AUGUACUCUCCAAGUAACAUCAGUGGUGGCCAGACUGGAAGGUGUGAUAGUGCCGGUAGUAGCAAGCAAGUCCAGCUGAAGCAAGCCUCUUUCGACCAGAUCGCUUCAGGUGAAGUGAGGGUGGACUAUCACAGCUGUUUGGAGCGCGUUGCAGUGAAAUGCCUGACCUGCUUGCAACAGCUGUGGGUCAAGGUGGACGGCUGUUUGCGGCACACAUCUCGUAAAAACCAGGAGCGCAGAGGAGUUUGCAAGGGCUACUUGGUCAGCUCGCAAGUGCCAAAGGGCAAGCAGACAAAACAGGUGGUCUGCCUUAGCUGCAUAGAUAGGCUGCUCGGCAGUACUGCCGAGAGCGCGGACGGGCGAUCCAUCCUGUUGAAUAGGAGGCAGGAUGGUGGCGAGGAUGCAGCGAUCCUCCAGCGGCGUGGAGAGGACGCAUUCUGGACCCAGACCCUCGAGCUGACAGAUAAGCUGGUUGCUUUCCUCGUACAACGUGAUGAGAGCACGGCCGUCGGCAGAAAGCGGCGGCUCAGCGCAGCGGAGCAGGUCGUUAACAAAGGGGCGGCAAAGGGGAUGCGCCCGAGAGAGGGCAGAGUGCCAGGAUGCCAGGGAGUUACCGCGGGAGCCUCCGAGGGCACGGAGGGACAACAGCCUGCCCCUGCAACGGACAUCAGAGCUCAGGCCGGGCGCUUCCUUGGGCUCGUCGGAGAGGGCGAAUGCCGCGUGAUGGAACCCGCCGGGGUCGGACGGCCAUUGCUCAGGCUCUAUGUGUCCGCCUGGGAUCACAACGGUUGUGGCAGGGCAAAGCGACUAGGGAAGCCCGACAAGACCUCUGCGCUCCUCGAGCAGGUCUGGUGGGACACGCGAGGCCAGCUCAACUGCACGUGCGAUCGAGGGCGCCUCACCGAACACGCGCCGUGCGUCCACAAGCUCACCAUGGCGGCCCUCAGCGAGGGAUGGUCGGCUGGGGCCGAUCUGCCUACGGUGCAGGAGCUGAAGCGAGGCGUGAGGGUCGAGAGAUUGGCCUCAGACGAGAGGGGGGACUACCUCGCCGUGUUGGACAACCCUUCCGGUGCGUUGAGCCCCCAGCGGCGGAUGUUGUUUUGCUCCACGGGGGGCGCUUGGUAUUGCGAGGGCAAGCGAGACGGUUGCCCUUCGUUGACCGAUUGCUCGCACGUCAGCGCAGCCAGGUUUGCUCUCGAGAAGGGGCAGCUUUCCUCGACACAGAGUCUAGAGCUAGCACCAGAGACGCUCGCAAGGGCCGCGCAGUGGCUCGAGCGCUGGGACAGUACCCCUCCUCGGAUUGGGGUGCCCACGGCGGGCGCAACUUCUGGGAGGUUGCGAGCAUCCGUCCCGGAUGAGGAGCGAGGCGAGGCUGAGCUGACGAAGGAGCAACGGUACCUCAUGGGGUUGCUCGCAAAGCAGCCGCACGAGGGAGCGGCCUGUGCCGGGAGCUCGUGCUUCUGCAAGAGGCACGCCUACCUCUUCGGUGAGGCGCGGCCGCCAUCUGAAGCAGAGGCAGGGGGAGGAGAGAGGAUUACUCAGUCAGGAACGCACGCGUCGAGGGAUGCCUCAGCGGGGAGUCCGCCUCGCAAGCGCUCGCGGAGGUCGAAAGCUUUUUGGGAGGCGAAAGCAAAGGCGCAAGUGCCGGCGCUUCGCAGCCGACCUCCGGAGAGGCGCGCGCCGGCCGCAGACGCUCGUGGCAAGGAUGCAAUCCACGGGUGGGUAGCCGCCUGCUCGGGCUGCACGUUGGCCUCGGUGGCUGCAGUGGGUGGGUGCAGCCAUGGGGAGGAGGAGCGCAUCACGUCUCCUGUGAUGCUCAUUGGCACCGAGGCGGUCCAGCUCACGAAACCGAAGCUGGCAAGGUUGAGCGACGCGACGAACUUCCAUGAUCCUUGGUUGACGGCAUUUGGAGAGCCCCCGGUCCGGGUCAGCAAGCUCCGGGAUUGGCACUUUCAGAAGCUUUCCGACCUGGGCCUGCUGAGCGCGCCCUGUCCAAUAGAAGCCCCUCCGUGCGGCGGCACGUGGAAGGAGGCCCACACGAUCCAUUUCGACGGAGAGCACCUCGGCCUGUACACCUGGAACCGGCAGACCCUCUUCGUUCAGGAGAGCCUCCAGCUCAUCCUCAGAGGCAUGCAGAAGGGCCAUUCCUUCAAGGCGGAGCUAUCCAGAGACCAGGCCGCCUUCGAGAGGUCCCCGGGGGCGGAGGUCCUGAACGAGGAGACGUGGCGCAGGGCGAGUCUCGACUUCUUCAAGCUGGUCGGCCUCGGUAUCCGAGACUGCUGCACGCUGUGCGGGCCCCACCCUAAGGUGCUUCUGUGCGACGGGAUUGUCGGACUGGCAAACUCGGACGGCGGGAAGAAACCGGGCGGCCUCGGCAGCGCGACCCUCGACACGCGGCGCACCUUCCUGCAUCCGAGCAGGUUCGCGAACGGAGAGCUGCUGGAGACGAGGUCGAUCUCGGGCCGCGACUUCUGCGCAGCGGGCCUCGAGGGCGGCGGCAUGAAGCGGAAGCUCAUCCUCCAGCCUGAGCUGCGAGAGGCGAUUGCACGACUCUCUCAGCACCGCCCGAAGGACGAGAAGCUCGGGCGGAGGCUCUCAAAAAAGGAGUUCGCGAACCUGCUGAGCGCUCUGUCGAGCGAUCCCUGUACCGUCAAAGGCUUCGGCCCCGGCGAGGCAGAGGGGGCGCUGCCGGAGGACGGCAGAAGGCGGAUGCUAAUUGAGCAGCGUACGAUGGUGAGGGACAGGAACCUUGCGCUGCUGGAGCUCCUGAAGGGCAUACAAAGGGACUUCGAACGGCGUGGAAUGAAUCCAAAAAUUUGGGAGAGCUGGAUAUGCGAAUGGACGGAACUUCUCUACUCCCUGGGCGCCCACGACAGCGACGAGGACCUCAUCGGAGGGGAUGCGCUACAUGUGGUCCGUAAGCUUCUCCUUGGCAGCGAAGCCUCACUGGAGGACCGACGGUCGUUGGGGAGAUCGGCACCAAUCUUGAGGAGGGUCCUGGAUGCCUACGGCGGGCUGACCUUCCCCGCCUUCUUCAUGGCGGUCCUCCAUCAGCUUUACUUGCUCACCUUGCUUGCACGAGGGUUGACGGGGUUCGAGGCGGAGGGCCGACGAGGUUGGGUCUACGACGCGAUCGAGCCAUUCGACAGGGCUGUUUGGCUACUCGCGGAGGAGAGGGUACGGCCGUUAGAUAUUGACGAGCGCAGGCGACUAGAGGAGGCACGUGCCUCGGCGAACGCGCUGCUCCCGGGCGUGGAGCAAUUGGAACCGAGCCCCCAGCAGUGGGGCUCAAUGGGAGGGCGGGAGAGGGCUCUGCUCUUUGAGCGGCUGGGACGAGACGAGGACGGCGUCGAGCUAUCCGAGCUUCCCGCUGGGCAUAGCUUCAGCGCCGAGCAGGACGCGCUGGCGCGCUACGAUUUGCCGGGGUGGACGCAGUGGCGCGGCUUGCCACAUUUCAGCAGCUUCGAGCAUCCAAACGGGCUCAGCAAAGGGGCUGAGGAGUUCAAGUGUGCUACGGGGAAAUCGGUGACAGAGUGGGAUUUCGAGAAUGUGCCCGGCCUGGUCAAGGGUGGCGGAAAGGCGGGCAAGAAGGGGGCGGUUGCAAAGCGUCCCAAUCGGAGCCGGGGCAUGUUCGUGUUUUGCUGUCCGCACCGGUUGAUUUAUGGGUUUCAUGUCAUGCUGAGGGGCGAGUCUCCAAGGGAUCCGUUCACCGUGCUGUUCACGCGGCUGAAGCGAGAGGACUUGCCCGAAACCCUGUGUUACGACAACGCCUGCGCCUUGCGCAACUACUGUAUGCGCCGGGCCCCGGCCUUCUUCGCCAACGUUCGAUUCGUCGUUGACAGCUUCCUGAAAGGCUUCCGAUCGCUGGGGUGGUACAGUAGCCUGGAAAGCUUCAUGGUUAUCCUUCCGCUCCUUCUGGACGCGUACAAUGCGAGAUUAAAGCGCGUUGACGAUGCCAAGCUUUGCGUUGCCAUUGCAGCGGGGGCAUGGACGGCUGCAAUCACGAGGGCGUUGUUGCACGGCUAG